AUGAAGUUCCUAAGCUCCCUCUCGUUGCUGGCAGCAGGUGCCCUUGCCCAGCAAGUCACCUUCCAGAACUCAUCUUCUACUAUUCUUCGAGUCGAUAACGGCACUUAUGGUCCUGAGAUUGAAGAGUACCAUUACUACUACGACCAAUGGCCGAUAGGUGCGUACCACUUCCUGAGUUUUGGUCCUCCAUUUCUGAUAUCGUCACGANUAGGCCUUGCCGUCUCCUCGACAGGACGAUUCUUUGUCUCGUAUACUCGAGGAGAUUACGAGUACACUGUGGGAGAGGUGGUCAACAAGACUGCCGAGAAGCCAUAUCCGUCUCAGGCACUGCAGCUGCCGCUUGAUAGUCUGAACACGACAUGGAAUGGCAUCGCUUUCGGUAGCGGCAACAGCUCUGCUUUUGUCUCCGUCCAAGCUCUAUACAUAACACCCCAGACAGCCACACGACCAGAGACACUCUGGAUCUUGGAUACCGGAAGACCUACUGUCCACAACGCAGCUGGCGAUCCGAGCAUGCCCUACGCUCAGCCUGGAGGUCCCAAACUCAUGGCUAUUUCUCUUGCCAACGACACGAUUUACAAAACCUACACCUUCCCUAGCACUGUCCAUUACCCUGAUUCCUACCUCAAUGAUCUUCGUUUUGAUCUGAGAGCAAACGUCUCUGGUACCUCGGGAGAAGGAAUUGCCUACCUCGUCGACAGCUCGAAUGAAGGACGCAACGCAUUCAUCAUGGUCGAUCUCAAGACUGGCGAGUCGUGGCGCAGACUGAAUCAAGACCACAGCGUACUGCGUGUCCCCAACGAUGUCCCCACGUACUUCGGCAAGCCAUUCUACUUCCGCCAACUCGGAAUGCCAAUCAGCUGGCAACAAGAAGGACUUGAUGGCCUCCAGCUUUCUACAGACGGACAGACAGCCUACUAUUCCCCAUUGACCUCAAAGACUCUAUACUCGAUUCCCUCAGCCAAUCUUCGCGAGAGAGACAGCAACCCUCUGGCUGAGAUCUGGGCACACAGCAAUGUAUCCUCUCACGGCCAACGCGGCGGUGACGCCAAUGGCUUUGAAGGCGACAGCAGUGGAAAGAUCUACCAACUCAUGCCUGAGCAGAAUGCUGUGUACUACUUUGACCCCAGUGAUGGCCAAACUCACGGCUUCCUUCGAGACCCGAGGAUCUUGUGGCCUGAUGGUGCUACUGUUGGUGCUGAUGGCUACAUCUAUCUCAACAUUAACCAGUUGCCAUUCCAGCCUGAUUGGAACUUUGGCGUUGAUGGUAGAACGCAUCCUGGCGCUGUGUUGAGGGCUAAGCUGCCUGAUGGUGCGGUAAAGGUCAAUACUCUUUAUUGA